GUUCUCCACAACCAGUCACCACCUUCCUUCUGUUUCUCACUCUAGAAACGCGGAAACCUUGCAAAUUUUUUUUCUUCUUGUAAUCUGACUUUUUAUUUUCAUACACGUUCCCACAGAUAUGCUCUCCUUCCUCCGACAUCAGUAUUUGAGAAAUUUGGCUUGUAGAGGAAGAGGAUUUGAGAUUGAAGUUUUGGGAUUAAUGGAGAGUUCAAUGAAGAAGACAAUGAGCAAUGGUAGUGUUCAUAUGGAGAUGGAAGAGAUUGACAAUAAGUUUGAAGAAGCUUAUGGAGAACAUAAUGCCACUGAAGAUCAGCUCAUUACUCCUUGGACUGUCUCUGUUGCUAGUGGUUAUUCCUUACUGCGUGAUCCGAUCUACAACAAAGGGCUUGCCUUUAGUGAAAAAGAAAGAGAUGCUCAUUACUUGCGUGGCUUGUUGCCACCAGCACUUCUUGAUCAAGGGCGUCAGGAAAGGAGGAUGAUGCAUAAUCUUCGCAACUAUGAAGUUCCAUUACACAGAUAUAUUGCCAUGAUGGAUCUUCAGGAGAGAAAUGAAAGGCUGUUCUACAAGCUUCUCAUUGAUAACGUUGAAGAACUACUUCCAGUUGUGUACACUCCAACAGUAGGAGAAGCUUGCCAGAAGUAUGGGAGCAUUUACAGGCGACCUCAGGGCCUUUUCAUCAGUUUGAAAGAGAAGGGCAAGAUUCUUGAAGUUUUGAAGAACUGGCCAGAAAGGAACAUUCAAGUUAUUGUUGUUACCGAUGGUGAGCGGAUUCUAGGCCUUGGGGAUCUCGGAUGCCAGGGAAUGGGGAUUCCUGUGGGGAAGCUUUCUUUGUAUACAGCACUUGGAGGAAUUCGACCCUCAGCUUGCUUGCCAAUCACCAUUGACGUUGGUACAAACAACGAACAGCUUCUGAACGAUGAGUUUUACAUUGGCCUUCGACAUAAGCGGGCCAGAGGACAGGAAUACAUGGAACUUUUAGAUGAGUUCAUGUAUGCAGUAAAGAAGAACUAUGGAGAGAAAGUCCUUAUACAGUUUGAAGAUUUUGCAAACCACAAUGCAUUCGAGUUGCUUUCAAGAUAUAGCUCGUCACACCUUGUGUUUAACGACGACAUUCAAGGUACAGCAUCUGUCGUCGUAGCAGGACUACUUGCAGCUCUUAAACUUGUUGGAGGAACAUUAGCUGACCACACUUUCUUGUUCCUUGGAGCUGGAGAGGCUGGAACUGGUAUAGCUGAGCUCAUUGCUUUGGAGAUUUCAAAACAGACUGGAGCUCCAAUUGAAGAGACUCGCAAGAAGAUUUGGCUUGUGGACUCAAAGGGGCUAAUCGUUCAAUCCCGCUUUGAAUCCCUUCAACAUUUUAAGAAGCCCUGGGCUCAUGACCAUGAAUCUAUCAAGGAUCUUUACGGUGCCGUCCAGGCAAUCAAGCCAACAGUGUUGAUAGGAACAUCUGGUGUUGGGAAGACAUUCACAAAGGAAGUUGUGGAGGCCAUGGCUUCCUUCAAUGAGAAACCACUUAUCCUUGCUCUCUCGAACCCUACGUCGCAAUCGGAGUGCACGGCUGAAGAAGCCUAUACAUGGAGCCAGGGCCGAGCGAUCUUUGCUAGCGGAAGUCCAUUUGACCCUGUUGAAUAUGACGGGAAAGUUUUUGUGCCUGGCCAGGCAAACAAUGCUUACAUAUUCCCUGGAUUUGGCUUGGGUCUGAUCAUGUCGGGGACGAUUCGUGUGCAUGAUGACAUGCUCUUGGCAGCCUCGGAGGCUUUGGCUGCCCACGUGAGUCAGGAAAACUAUGACAAGGGAUUGAUUUACCCUCCUUUUACCAACAUCAGGAAGAUAUCUGCUAACAUUGCUGCUAAAGUUGCUGCUAAGGCUUAUGAACUUGGUCUGGCUACUCGUCUUCCUCGACCCAAAGAUCUCGUAAAAUUUGCAGAGAGCUGCAUGUACAGCCCCCGCUACCGUAGCUACCUUUAAGCGAAUAUUGUAGUUUCACCCCUCAAAAUUUUCCAUCAUUUUUUGUUUGUUUGUUAUGUGUAAUUUGUUUUUUUUAGUCCUGGCAUUAGCUUAGGACAUGCCUUAAAAAGAGCUUGUUGCUUUUCUUUUAUCUUAUUGUUCUGUUUCUGAAGUUGUUCAUCUCUUAUGUAACAUUCAUUUGUUAUUUAGAUUGAGUAAUGUAUUAGGCAUUUCCAAUUCAAUGAGAUUAUUUGUGACAAAUACAAUAAUGAAUAGAGCAGCCAUUGACUGCUUGAUAUGAUGU